CCCACCCUCGAGUGGGUCCGACUCCCAACCGCGGAUUUGUCCCCGCAGCAUUGCUGACAACUUGCCGGUGGCGACGAGGCUGGAGUUCUACUCAAACCGUGAAGAGGAGGAGAAGAACAAGGAACGGGACCUUCAGUUCGAACACGGCUACCGACUUGGGUUCAUGGAGAAGAACAGGUUCUUCCUGCACAACCACCUUUCCUUCAUCCUGUACUACCACCAAGAGGAGGUGGAGGUGAACCAGGAGCCCACCUACCGGGUGGUUCGCUUCGAGGUCAUCCCGCAAAGCAUUGCGCUGGCAGACAUGAAGGUGGAUGAGAAGGGAGUUUGUGUCCUGCCCGAAGCUGCCAGCGCCUCCGCUCAAGAAAUUGACCCCACUAAGCCCAAUGAGUUACUUUUUACUUAUUCUGUGCACUGGGAGGAGAGUGACGUUAAAUGGGCCUCCCGUUGGGACACCUACCUCACCAUGAGUGAUGUGCAGAUACAUUGGUUUUCCAUUGUCAACUCCGUCGUGGUGGUUUUCUUCCUUUCAGGUGAGUAAGGGAAACCGGGGGCACUUGAACUGGAUUGAUUU